AUGCCUGGUGAUCCAGUCAAGCAGCCUGUUUAUGAUCGGAAUUAUAAAUCAAAAGUAAAAUUAAAAAGAUUACAAUCAAAAAGGUUUGAUAAACGUUAUCGUAAAAAAGCAAGUGAGAGAAAAGCCGCGUGGCGUGCAAGACAAAAGCAAUCAUCACAAAUUCCAUCAACAAUAACAAUAACACCAAACAGAUCUGAUCUUAGAAAAGCUGAAGGUAUUGAACGUCGUCGACGUAAUACAGCUAAAAUGAAAUCAGAAAAUGAAAAAUUAUUGAAUAAAAAUCGUCAACUGGAAAAAGAAAAUAAAAAGCUAAAAGGUGAAAUAGCAUCAUCAUCAACCGCAACAACAUCAAAUAAUGCUCUUUAA